AUGAUGCCGAUGAUAUUAACCGUGUUCUUGAGCAACAAUGAACAGAUUUUAACAGAAGUUCCUAUAACACCAGAAACAACAUGUCGUGAUGUUGUCGAAUUUUGCAAAGAACCUGGAGAAGGCAGUUGCCAUUUAGCUGAAGUGUGGAGGGGAAAUGAGCGUCCCAUACCCUUUGAUUAUAUGAUGUAUGAACAUCUUCAGAAGUGGGGGCCACGAAGGGAAGAAGUGAAAUUUUUCCUUCGACAUGAAGAUUCCCCAACAGAGAGCAAUGAACAAGGUGGCCGUCAGACCCAGGAGCAAAGAACUCAGAGAAAUGUAACAAAUGUACCUGGAGAAAAACGCACUGAAAAUGGGGUUGGGAAUCCACGUGUUGAACUUACCCUCUCAGAACUCCAAGAUAUGGCCGCUCGGCAGCAACAGCAGAUUGAAAACCAGCAACAGAUGCUGGUCGCCAAGGAACAGCGUUUACAUUUUCUAAAGCAACAGGAGCGCCGUCAGCAGCAGUCUAUUUCUGAAAAUGAAAAGCUUCAGAAAUUGAAAGAACGAGUUGAAGCCCAGGAAAAUAAGCUAAAGAAGAUCCGUGCCAUGAGAGGACAAGUAGACUACAGCAAAAUCAUGAAUGGCAAUCUGUCUGCUGAAAUAGAAAGGUUCAGUGCCAUGUUCCAGGAAAAGAAGCAAGAAGUACAGACUGCGAUUUUAAGAGUUGAUCAACUCAGUCAACAAUUGGAAGAUUUAAAGAAGGGAAAAUUGAACGGGUUCCAGCCUUACAAUGGCAAGCUGACAGGACCGGCAGCAGUAGAGCUAAAAAGACUGUACCAGGAGCUUCAGAUUCGUAAUCAGCUCAACCAGGAACAGAAUUCAAAGCUCCAGCAGCAGAAGGAACUCUUGAAUAAGCGCAACAUGGAGGUGGCCAUGAUGGACAAGCGGAUCAACGAACUGCGUGAACGUCUUUACGGGAAGAAAAUUCAGCUGAGCCGUGUGAACGGCACGUCGUCGCCCCAGUCGCCCCUGAGUGCGCCCGGCAGGGUGGCGGCGGUGGGGCCGUACAUCCAGGUGCCCAGCGCCGGCAGCUGCCCUGCCCCCGGAGACCCAGUGAAGCCCCAGUCCCUCACCGUCGCCUCGAGCGCUGCCCACGGAAGGUCCAAAUCCGCCAAUGAUGGAAACUGGCCAACCUUGAAACAGAAUUCUAGCUCUUCGGUGAGACCGCCGCAGAUCACCGGCGUGGACUGGAAGGAUGCGAGUGCCGAGGGGCCACUCAAGCAGGGGGCUGUCUCUAGCCAGCCCGUGCCCCUGUCGGCCCUGAGUGCCCCGGAGAAGCUGGGCAUGGAGAUCGGUAAAGUGCCGCCCCCCCUGCCUGGUGUCAGCAAGCCGCUGCCCCCAAGCUACGGGACGUACCCAAGUCCUGCCCCUGUGGGCCCGGGCUCGACCAACUCCCUGGAGAGGAGGAAGGAGGGCAGCUUGCCCAGGCCCAGUGCAGGCCUUGCCGGUCGGCAGAAACCUGCCCCGCUGCCCUCUGCGGGUGGCCCGCACCAGCCGGGCUCCUCGCAGCAGAUUCAGCAGAGGAUUUCUGUGCCCCCAAGUCCCACAUACCCGCCGGCAGGGCUGCCUGCCUUUCCAGCCGGAGACAGCAAACCCGAACUCCCACUGACUGUGGCCAUUAGGCCCUUCCUGGCUGAUAAAGGGUCGAGGCCACAGUCCCCCAGAAAAGGACCCCAGACGGUGAAUUCAAGUUCCAUAUAUUCCAUGUACCUCCAGCAAGCCACACCACCUAAGAAUUACCAGCCAGCAGCGCACAGCACCGUGAAUAAGUCGGUUAAAGCAGUGUAUGGGAAGCCGGUUCUGCCGUCUGGCUCCACGUCCCCGUCCCCGCUGCCCUUCCUCCACGGCUCGCUGGCCCCGGGCGCCACGCAGCCCCCGCCUCCCGCCGAGAGCGCCGAGAAGGAGCCAGAGCCCGAGAGCCCUGCGCCACCUGGGGACGGGGCCGCCGUGGAGAGCCUGCCGCGGCCACUCAGCCCCACCAAGCUGACACCCAUCGUGCACUCGCCGCUGCGCUACCAGAGCGACGCCGACCUGGAGGCCCUGCGCAGGAAGCUGGCCAACGCGCCGCGGCCCCUGAAGAAGCGCAGCUCCAUCACGGAGCCCGAGGGCCCCGGUGGGCCAAACAUCCAGAAGCUGCUGUACCAGCGCUUCAACACGCUGGCUGGCGGCAUGGAGGGUGCCCCCUUCUACCAGCCCAGCCCCUCGCAGGACUUCCUGGGCUCCUUGGCCGACGUGGACAAUGGGAACGCCACUGCCAACGGGAACCUGGGCGAGGCUGGCCCCGCCCCGCCCACGGCCCCACUCCCUGCCGAGCCUGCCCCCGCCUCCGAUGCCAAUGACAACCGGCUCCCUUCCCCCGAACCCGAGGGCCUGCUCUGUCCCCCGAACACCCACCAGACGGCUGAGCCGGCCGAGGACGACAACAACAACGUGGCCACAGCCCCGUCCACCGAGCAGGUCCCCAGCCCUGGGGCUGAGGCCCCCUCUCCAGGGGAGGAGCAAGUGCCCCCAUCACUCGCCGUGCCGCUGCCCUCGGCCUCCACGAACAAGCGGACCAACCUGAAGAAGCCCAACUCGGAGCGGACGGGGCACGGCUUGCGGGUCCGCUUCAACCCACUGGCGCUGCUUCUGGACGCGUCUCUGGAGGGGGAGUUUGACCUGGUGCAGAGGGUUAUCUAUGAGGUGGAGGACCCCAGCAAGCCCAAUGACGAGGGCAUCACCCCCCUCCACAACGCCGUCUGCGCCGGGCACCACCAUAUCGUGCGGUUCCUGCUGGACUUCGGGGUUAACGUGAACGCUGCCGACAGUGACGGCUGGACGCCUCUGCACUGCGCCGCCUCCUGCAACAGCGUCCACCUCUGCAAACAGCUGGUGGAGAGCGGCGCCGCCAUCUUCGCCUCCACCAUCAGCGACAUCGAGACGGCCGCGGACAAGUGCGAGGAGAUGGAGGAGGGCUACAUCCAGUGCUCCCAGUUUCUUUACGGCGUGCAGGAGAAGCUGGGUGUGAUGAACAAAGGUGUGGUGUACGCCCUGUGGGCCUAUGAGGCCCAGAACAGCGAUGAGCUGUCCUUCCGAGAAGGGGACGCGCUCACCAUUCUGCGGCGCAAGGACGAGGUCGAGACCGACUGGUGGUGGGCUCGCCUUGGGGACCGGGAGGGCUACGUGCCCAGGAACCUGCUGGGGUUGUAUCCACGGAUCAAACCCCGACAGCGGACGCUGGCCUGA